AUGAUGCUUCCUCUCAAUGCCUCAGAAGCUGCAGUCUCCACAUUCCUGUUGAUUGGGAUCCCAGGGCUUGAGGGUGUGCACAUUUGGAUCUCCAUCUCUAUCUGCCUCAUGUACUUCAUGGCUAUCCUGGGAAACUGCACCAUUCUAUUUGUCAUCAGGACAGAGCCUUCUCUGCAUGAGCCCAUGUACCAUUUCCUCUCUAUGCUGGCAUUAUCAGACCUGGGCCUGUCCUUCUCUUCUCUUCCCACCAUGCUGAGGAUCUUUUUGUUCAAUGCCAUGGGGAUUUCUGUUGAUGCCUGCAUUGCUCAGGAAUUUUUCAUCCAUGGAUUCACAGACAUGGAGUCUUCGGUACUCCUGAUCAUGUCUUUCGAUCACUUUGUAGCAAUUUGCAACCCCCUGAGAUACCGCUCCAUCCUUACUAGCUCCAGAGUUUUGCACAUUGGGUUAGCAUUUGCUUUUAAAAGCAUUCUCCUAGUUCUUCCCCUCCCUUUCACUUUAAAGAGACUCAAAUACUGUAAUAAACGCCUGUUAUCCCACUCCUACUGCCUCCACCAGGACGUCAUGAAGCUGGCGUGGUCUGACAAUAGAGUUAACUUCUACUACGGUCUGUUUGUUGCACUCUGUAUGAUGUCAGACAGUAUGUUAAUUGUUGUCUCCUAUGUGUUUAUUCUGAAGACUGUAUUGGGUAUUGCAUCUCACAGGGAAUGGCUUAAAGCUCUUAACACCUGUGUGUCCCACAUCUGUGCUGUGUUCAUCUUCUAUGUGCCCAUCAUCACCUUGGCUCUCAUGCAUCACUUUCCCAAGCAUACACCCCCUGUGGCUAUGAUUCUGAUGGCUGAUGCAUUCUUGCUGGUACCACCCUUGAUGAAUCCCAUCUUGUAUUGUGUAAAAACUCAGCAGAUUAGAGUGAAGGUUCUGGAAAAAUUGGAAACACUGGGUCUGAAGUCUAAAUGA